AUGGCUGAGAAGGAGCACCAGCCACUGCCAUACGCCAACGGCCACGGCCGGAGCGACGCAGAGGCGGGCGCCGCCGCUCACGACGCCAGGGAGCAGCGAAAGAAGAAACGCACCAAAUGCUUUAUCUACAUCGCACUAUUCGUUAUCUUCCAGCUCGGCGUCAUCGCCAUAUUCUCCGUAACCGUCAUGAAAAUCCGAACCCCCAAAUUCCGGAUCCGCUCCGCCCAUCUCACCACCUUCCACGCCGGAACCCCGGGAAGUCCGUCCUUCUCCGGGACGGUGAACGCGGAGUUCUCCGUGAAGAACGCCAACUUCGGACGCUACAAGUACAGGAACACCACCGUCGGUUUCUUCUACAAAGGAACGCCGGUGGGCCAGGUUUUCGUCCGCGACUCACGCGCCGGUUGGAGAUCGACGAAGAAAUUCAGGGUGGUGGUUGAUCUGAACUUGGCCAACGCGCAGGGGAAUCCUCAGCUGGCGAGUGACUUGAACGCCGGGGUGGUUCAGAUUACAAGCCAGGCUAGAAUGGCGGGAAGAGUGGAGCUGAUAUUCGUGAUGAAGAAGAACAAAUCAACAGAUAUGAAUUGCAACAUGGAAAUUGUGACUGCUACUCAGCAAAUCAGGAAUCUCGUCUGCAAAUGA